AAGAUAAAUACUGACAGUAAUACUAACAACUCAACAAAAAGCACGUAUGAUAAGUGUGGUCUUAGACAAAAUAUGAUUCAAGGCAAAAACCAUUUUGACGAACCAAGGAAAGCAUAUCAGGCAAGGUUACAGUGUGGAACAUUCAAGUGGUUAAUUGAAGAACACUGAAUGUUAAUGAAUGAACUGUUUUCAGAGGCCUGGGGAAAGGUAAGGAAAGCAAGAAGGAAUGUUAAAGUCUUUGCAGACAAUUGGGAGUCACGACCAUUCUGGGCUGAACAGCAGGGAAGGCACAAUGCCAUCAGCACCCAGAGGCAGCUGGGAAUCUCAGAGAGAAGUGACCGCUGCUGGUCAUCUGGGACAAUCAGUUGUGUUGUAUAUAUUUUACAGUGUCUACUUUGUGGCUUCUUGUGACCUUCUGGAUAAGCAAAUGGAUUUUCUGGGUCCCACUCAUUGCAUUAAUGUGGGUCUCCCAAGGUGGUGUGAGGAUGAAAUAAGCAAAUGCCUGAGAGGUGCUCAGAACAGAUCCUAGCACAGAGAAAGUUUCCCUUAAACGUUGGGGGUGGGGGUACUGGGAGCUGCACACCCGAAUGACCACACUCGAAGUAGCGUGCACAUUCGGAAGGUUUGACUUCUCUUCCUGUGGGAUGGCCCAAUUGCUUAAGCUCCAGACUCAGCAAACGCAGGAUCUGCCCCAGCUGAGCACACUACUCUUCUGAUGAAAAUUGCAACGGCUGGCGGAGCUUACUUGCCCGGAAGUAAGCUUCUCCUGCCCCACCCACAAGGCGCUGGAAGGAGGAAGGCAUAGCAGAUCUGCUGUCUGGCUCUACGUUCCCCCAAACGUCCACUCUGCUCCAGCCUCACUGGCCUCCCCUCUGGACCUGUGGGCCUCCCAUCCCCUCUCCCGUGAGCUCCACUCCCCUAGCACGGCUGGGGCCCACCUAGUGUGGAGACUCCACCGAAAGCUACUGCCUCCAGGCCUCCUCCCCAGGCCUCCCACCCCAGGCCUUCAGACCCUGGUAACACCUCUGCGCUCUUGGUGUAGCUCUCAACCUUCAUUUCUGGAAUAAGCAGCUGACCCAAUCAACCCCACUGGCGUCUACACCUUGGAGACUGAGUCCUAAGACCUCUGCUGGCCACCGCCUGGAGCCCAGGCCCCGCUCCACGGCUGCGCGCUUUCGGGUAAAAGCCUGGGACGGCGCUUCUGUGGUCUCCUGCCGCCACCUGAACCGGGGACGGCAGCGCCUAGGGAGCCCCAAGACCUCUUACGAGAGCAUUUCAACUCUGCUGACAAACCUCAACUACUCCAGGGACUUCGCUGGAAAGAAACGUUCUAGAAAGACCAAGUGGAUACUAGGAGUCCCCUGAGGUGCGUGUGGCCUCAGCUUGCAGAGGAGCACACUUGCCAGACACUUCGGAGCUUUGAAGGGCACAGGCCAUCUAAGAUGAGCACAGGUGCAUCAGAGAAACAAGCAGAGCAGAAGGUCUGCCGUGCCUUCCAGGCCUCCAAGGAAGCCCAUGGGACUCUGGCAGCCAUGGCCCCUUGGGUGGUUGUGGGCUCUGCCGAUGGCUCCUGCACCUGCCUGGGAGCCCAGCCUGUAACUGACCCAGCCCUCUGGCCUGUCAUGGGGACUUCCUCUGUCGUCUACUCCUGGAUGGGAUGUUUUCCACAAGCUUACCCAGCCUUCUGGGCUUACCCUUGGGUGCUGUAUGGUGGGUAUCUCUGGAUGGGGUAUCCCCCUCCAGCUGCCUUGGUGCCUUCAGUGUGGCCAUAUUGGAGGGGCACCUCCAGCUUUGACCCCCUCGUGAGAAGUCUGUACGUGGAUGCCUUGGCCCCCAACCUAUUUUCUAUCCCCAUGGGAUUCCCACCCAGCUACUCCAUGGCCUCUCCCACUCUGGGUGGGGCCAUCUCCAGCCGCUGUCCCCAGGUGGGAUACCAGACUCCAGACAGCUCAGCCCCCAUGGCUGCAGCUGGGGAGCUAUCCAGAGGAGCUCCCUACUUGAAGAGAUGCCAAGCCCCUCCCUCAGAAUGGGCCUCCAGGUUCAGUAUUUGGGCACCUUUGCCCCACUGCAGCUCAGAGCUCCGCCCUCUGCCCCCUUCCCCCAUUGAAGAUUCUCAGUCAGACCCCGGCUGCCCCAGCUCCUCCUCCCCCCGCUCACCCUGCAGGGCUCGCCGCCGCCUCUUUGAGUGCUGAUCAGCCCUCCAGACCCACCUAACAAUCAGAGACAAGUCUGGGUGGACUUUUAGUUUUUGGAAGAGUCUCAGAAGUGAGUUGUUUGCUAUUCUUCAGUACAGAGCACACCUCCUGGACUCAUGCAAGGCCCCUCUAUUUGGUCUUUCUCUUCACUUUCUUGUUUUUCUGUUUGCCCUUCAACCCUGAUACUGGCACCUUUUCUCCUCCCCAGACUGUCCUGGGCCAGCCCUCUGGUAGAUUUGCUGUAAGUCCUCAAACAUGCAUGCAUGCAACCUUGUAAAAUGAGCAUAUUUAAGCUCAACCCACCGUGCAGAGGUGCUCAGUUAGAAUAAGCCUCCAGGUUCAGUAUUUGGGCACUGGUGCCACCCGCCAGCCCAGGACUCUCUCUGGCCCCUCCUCAGCAAAGACCCUCAGCAGGACCCCCGCAUCCCUGGCCACACUGCGGGGCCUGCCGCUGUCUCUUCCAGCAUUGGUCUGUCCUCCAGGGAACCACACACUUAGGCACUUUAGAACCCAUGGAAUCCAGUGAGCACUAGCUGUAGGCUCUGCCUAGAGGCUUCCAAAACCUGUUUGUUCCAGUAUACAUGGAGUAGGAAAUGCUGACUUGUUCAGAGUGCUGGUGCCCUUGGGUCCUUGUGGGUGUGCUCUUUUCACUCCUCACCCCCUCAGCACCCUCUGGAGUAAUGCACACACCAGUAAGAUGUACGGUACAUGCUUUUAAAAUUUUUAAAUAAAUGAUACUGUGCUAUAAA